GUCUGAAUGGGGUAACUCCACCUGCAGCACACUGCCCUUGUUGGCUUCUGCUUAGCCAGAAUCAAGGUGGAACCUCCCUCGUUUUAUCAAAGGAGAGGGGUUGGAAUUUGAUUGUCCAUCAUUUUUUGUAUUUUAGCUGUGGAAAACCUUGUUUUAUCAACAGUAUUACAAUGGCUCGUAUGAACAGACCUGCUCCUGUGGAGAUCACCUACAAAAACAUGAGGUUUCUCAUUACCCACAAUCCUACUAAUGCCACUCUGAAUAAAUUCAUUGAGGAGCUGAAGAAGUAUGGAGUGACUACUGUUGUGAGAGUAUGCGAGGCCACCUAUGAUGCCACUUUGGUAGGGAAGGAAGGAAUUCAGGUUCUGGAUUGGCCAUUUGACGAUGGAGCUCCACCUUCUAACCAGAUUGUUGAUGAUUGGUUGAACCUCCUGAAGGUGAAGUUUAGGGAGGAGCCUGGUUGCUGCAUUGCUGUUCACUGUGUAGCCGGACUGGGAAGAGCUCCUGUCUUGGUUGCCCUUGCCAUGAUUGAAUGCGGAAUGAAAUAUGAAGAUGCAGUCCAGUUCAUUCGGCAGAAACGUCGAGGAGCAUUCAACAGCAAGCAGCUAUUCUAUCUAGAAAAGUAUCGUCCAAAGAUGCGCCUGCGCUUCAAAGACUCCAAUGGCCAUCGUAACAACUGCUGCAUCCAGUAGUGCCAAUUCUGGUCCAAGCCAACUCCCCUAUAAAUAAAGAAAAAUGUAAUCUUCAACUUGUUACCUUGAAGACUUGAGUUUUUAGUUAGUCCAUAAUCAUUGUGUUGAAGUACUUUCAUAGGAAAUUAUCCUUAGUAAUUGAAGUGUUUCCAUUUUAUUCUUCAAUUUAAGAUGUCAGAUAUCAUGAAAAGAAGUUUGUGACCCAGUAACAGUGAGUGUUCUCUUAAUGUACCCCUCAGAAUUUGCCCAUAGGAAAGAUUGAGUUGAGCCCAUCAACAAAAAAUAUCAUUUUUUUUGUUGAUGGGCUCAACUCACUCAAUCUUUAUCAGUAUAUAUAUUAUAUAUACGUGUGUGUGUGUGUGUGUGUGUGUGUGUAUAUUAUAUAUAUAUACUGAUAAAGAUUGAGUGAUUACCUACAGUAAUAUAUAUAUAUAUAUAUAUAUAUAUUACUGUAGGUGUGAAAACAUCCCAAAGUUUUGAGUGCAAGGAGCUCUUAGAAUUAUAAUUGUUCAAAGAUAUCAUGAUAGAACAUAGUAGUUAAGUAUACCUCUUAAUGUUAUCAAGUUGAAGAUUUAAUAAAAAUAUGUAUGCACUCCAUGGUUAAUACUUACAUGCCUUACAAUUUAAAUGGAACAAGGCUAUGGAGUCUGAGUUUGCAUCCGAUAGAUAGUCUUCAUUUUUCUACAUGGAACAGAAUGUUGCCUUUGUCUUGUGCAGGACGUCUACACACACUUAUCCGCUUUCAGUAACUAUUUUGAAUAUAAAAUGCUUUUCUUUCAAUAUUUGUUCAUUGAAAGUCUGGGAUCUUGUAAUUUUUAUUUUCCUUAUCAAACUAUUGUUUACUAAUGACUGCCAUGUCCAAAAUGUGAUUUUGUGUUUUUGCUUCAAACUAUGUCUGCAAUAUUUUGUAUGCCUUUUUAUUUUAUUUGUGUAACUUAAUACUUGGAUACUUGAUUUAUGUAUUUGAAACUGUGUAUUAUUAUUAUUAUUAUUAGGUUGGCUAUUUAUACUAUCAGUGGAUGUGUGUUUUAGUACCAUGAGCGACAAAUUGUAACUGUUCACCAACUUGUGAGAGUACAUUAAAAUGAUACACUGAAAAA